AUGUCAGAAAAGUACGAUAAACUCCCAUUAGAACCACUCUUCAAAACCAUUGAUGAAUUGAAACCUCAAUUCAUUGACAGGUUAUCCAAAGCCAUUUCCAUCCCCUCAGUAUCAUCAGAUGAACUGCUCAGACCAAAGGUUGUCGAAAUGUCAAAAUUCCUCGUUGAAGAAUUGACAAACUUGGGAUUCCAAGAUAUCCAGGUCAAGGAAUUGGGCACUCAACCGCCACCAGUCCAAGAUGCCAAUUUGCAAUUGCCCCCUAUCGUCUUGGGUAGAUUUGGCUCUGAUCCUAAAAAGAAGACGGUUUUGGUGUAUGGACAUUAUGACGUUCAGCCUGCUUUGAAAGAAGAUGGAUGGGGUACUGAACCAUUCACGAUGCAUUAUGAUAAGACGAAGGAUAUUUUGUAUGGUAGAGGCUCGACUGAUGAUAAAGGACCCGUGAUGGGAUGGUUGAAUGUUGUUGAGGCUCACAACAAGUUGGGUUGGGAGUUGCCGGUUAACUUGGUUGUUUGUUUUGAAGGUAUGGAAGAGAGUGGAUCUUUGGGAUUGGAUGAGUUGGUUGCGAAAGAAGCCAAGCAAUAUUUCAAAGAUGUUGAACAAGUUACAAUCUCCGACAAUUACUGGUUGGGAACUACGAAACCAGUAUUGACUUAUGGUUUGAGGGGAUGCAACUACUAUCAAAUCAUUGUAAAAGGACCCGGUGCUGAUUUGCACAGUGGUAUCUUUGGUGGAAUCAUUGCUGAGCCAAUGACUGACUUGAUUAAGAUCAUGUCUACUUUAGUUGAUGGAAGUGGCAAGAUCUUGAUUCCAGGAGUUGAUGAAAUGGUUGCGCCAGUAACCGAGAAGGAGGAUAAAUUGUAUGAUGAUAUUGCCUUUUCAGUCGAAGAAUUGAAUGCAGCAUCGGGUUCAAACACCGCUUUGCAUCAAAACAAGAAGGAUAUUUUGAAACAUAGAUGGAGGUUCCCAUCUUUAUCAUUGCAUGGUAUCGAAGGUGCAUUUUCUGGAGCUGGUGCCAAGACAGUUAUCCCAUCGAAAGUUGUGGGUAAGUUUUCCAUCAGAACUGUUCCCGACAUUGACUCCAAGAAAUUGGAUGAAUUGGUGUUUAAGCACAUCAACCAAGAAUUUGCCAAAUUGAACUCACCCAAUGAGUUUAAAGUGGAAUUGAUCCACGAUGGUAACUACUGGGUUUCUAAUCCAUUCAACGAAAGUUUCCAAGCCGCCGCUAGGGCCACCGAGGAUGUGUGGAAUGUUGUACCCGACUUUACCAGAGAGGGUGGUUCUAUCCCAAUCACAUUGACAUUUGAGAAGGAAUUGGGUGUUGAUGUCUUGUUGUUGCCAAUGGGAAGAGGUGAUGACGGUGCUCACUCCAUUAAUGAAAAGUUGGACGUCAGUAACUACAUUAACGGAUGUAAGACCUUGGGUGGAUACUUGCACUACUAUGCUAAAGCUUAA